AUGAUGAUGUCCUUAAUGCCAGGGAGUGGUUCCACGGCACUUAAACUUGUCAAGAAUACAGAAGUAACCUUUAACCUGACUUGCAGCACGAAGUAUGGCGAGAGGGUUGCCUUAAUUGGAAGCUUAUCACUUCUAGGGCACUGGGAUACGACGAGGGCAGUAUAUCUAGACACAAAUCCCCAGAUAUAUCCAGUCUGGACUAUAAAGAUUGACUUGCCCAGAGAUAAAAUCAUAGAGUACAAGUACUUGGUCAUCACUGAUAUUCCAGGGGUCAAUAAACCUUCGAAGCCUAAAAUCUAAUGGGAAAGUCUCCCUCCUAACAUUAAUAGAAUUAUCAACACUCAUGGCAAGAAAGAAAUAGUGGUCUAUGAAUCCCUAACUAGCCUUGAGAGCAUUGAAGAGUAUGUUGAGGUAUAGCCGAAUAAGAAAUAGUUCAUGUCAAGCAGCGACAAAGACUCUUUCAAGUUGCAGGACUUAGAGAAAGUACAUGUUUAGGAUUCUAAGCAAGUGAAAUAUGAGAAGCGAAGAAUUCAAAUUGAUGAAGAGGAUGAGGAUGAGGGCUAUAGAGAUUCGGAUAGUAUGGUAAUAAUAUUAUUAUAUUCAUAAUCAAUCAUAAAGGAAGCGGACGAUGAAAGAAGCCAUCUAUUGAGUGAUGCUACUCUCAAGAAAAUGGAUUAAAAGUACUUAGAACUACAAAUUCCAGGAAAGUUACCCCAGGUGUCUUCGCAAAGAGUUCUUGAUAGAAAAGCUCUUAAUGAACAAAGUAUGGGGAGUUUGAGUUCGAUUUAUAAUUAGGCUGAUUAGUAGGUUGAUCCAAAUGAACCCAAAAUUAUUGUGUCGUUCACUCUACCCUUUCAGAUUUAGAGAGACGCUGUAGAUAGAACAAAGAUAAAAAUUAUAUUCUUAUUUGCUUCUUUAAGGAAAAUGACUGAAGAUAAGAGGUACAACUUUAAGUGGGUGGGUCUAAUUACUGUUUAAGAGGACUUGACCAUGGAGGAAAGAACAUGGGUCAUUGAACAAUUAAAGCCUAAACAAUGCUAUCCCAUAUUCAUUACUCUCAAGGACUUGCUUCUUUAUAUGAGGUUUUAUUAAAACUGUUUAAAAACCAUAUUCCACAAUUUCAAAUCUCUCUAUGAAGACUUCUCAUUAAUGGAGAGUCCUGAGUAAUGGGCUGAGUACGUAAAAGUUAAUAUGAUGUUUGCUCAGAAGAUUAUUGAAUUAAGAUCCGUUUUUGCCUCUUAAAAUCUCAAAUAGAUCUGGAUUCAUGGUGAUCAAUUACUUAUGGUACCUCUAUACGUUAAGAAAAAGUUUGUUGAAGCCAAUAUCGGGUUCUUCUUUCACACUCCUUUUCCAUCUUCUGGAAUAUUCCGGAUGUUUCAAAAUAGAAUUGAAAUCCUUAACUCACUGCUGCACUGUGAUUUAGUUGGAUUCCAUUUGUUUGAGUAUGCUAGAAACUUCCUUAUGACUAGCCACAGAAUGCUAGGACUUGAGUAUGAAUUCAUUCGAGGAGGCUAUCUAGCCAUUAAUAACCAUGGUAAAAAUGUAAUGAUCAGAGUCAGUCACAUUGGUAUUGAUGAGGAUUUCUUCGAGAAUUUAUUGAAAUCUAAAAACUACCGCAAGCAAGUCAAGCUAUUGAAAAUGUAGUUUGACUAGAUCAAAUCAUUAUAUAAGGAUUCCUAGCCAAUAAUUAUUUCAUCCAUCAACUCCUGCCAUCCUAUCUCUGGAGUUUAAAAUAAACUUAUAGCCUAUUAAGAAUUCCUGAGAAAAUAUCCUAACUACCGAAACAAACUUUGCCUCAUUCAAUACUCAACUCCAAAUGUCUCACAUUAUGAGUCAAAGUCUUAGCACAUUGCUGAAAAAUAUUAGAGUAAAAUAGAAAUUCUAGACAACUAUAGAACGAAAGUAAAAGAAAUUGUGGAUUAGAUUCACAAGGAAUUCGGUCUUUAGACUUUAUUUUACUAUGAAGAUAAUCCUAGUUUAGAGAAAAGAUUAGCACUCUGGUCUCAAACCAAUAUAUUGAUGGUCUCUAAUCUAAAAGAUGGACUCUGCUUGCCUCCUUUGGAAUAUACUAUAACCAAGAAGUUCACAAAUAAAUUUGACUCCUCUUUGAUGCUAAUUUCUGAAUUUAGUGGAGCAAAUAGAGCAUUUACAGGCUUCUUAGAAUUCAACCCAUUCAAUAUAUCUGAGUUCUUGAUGAGACUAGACUAGGGACUUAGCAUGACUGCCUAAGAAAAAGGCGACCUUAUGAAGCAAGCCUAUGCAUAUGUACAAAAAACCUCUACCUCUAAAUGGGUGGACUCUUUUCUUAAAGAUCUUAAAUAUGCCUAUAAACCAUCUUCUGUCAGUUAUUACCUGGGUGAUCAGAAUAUUGCCCUAGAAAUGAAUCUAAGGGUCAUUCAUGCAAAGAGUGAACUAAGAAAGUUAAAUAUCUUUGAUUGUGAUAGUUAUUUUUCUGGUUCAAAGAAAUGUGUGAUAUUUAUAGAUCAUGAGGCAAUACCUACUGUGGACUAUGCUUAAGAUGCUAUGAGACCGAUAAAGUAGACUCUUGAAGACCUUGAAGAAAUAGCACUCGACAGUAGAAACACUGUUAUUAUCUUUAGCAAUCAAGGGCAAGUGUAAAUGUCUGAGUAUUUCGAUUUGAAGAAUAGUAAUAUCUGGUUUGUAGCAGAGAGCGGAUACCUCUAUAAAACAGGGCCAGGUAGUGACUGGUAGUAGCUGAUUGAACUUUCGAAGAAAGUAUGGGUAAGCAGCAUCUACGAUUUAAUGCAAAUCUACACUUAAAACGUUGAUGGCUCAAUAGUGGAGGAACGCUAGAGUACUUUAGUUUGGAAUUAUAAAAAUGCCGAGGAAGAAUAAGGCAAUAUAGUAGCAAAGGAACUAUAUGGUCAGAUCAAGGCUUUGCUAGGCAAUGCACCGGUUGAAAUAGUAUAAGGCAAAGGGUAUCUUGAGGUUAAGCCUGUUAAACUUAAAAAGCAAAAAUUGGUGAAGAGGCUAUUAGAAAAAGCUUCUUAAGGAAUGAAGAUUGAUUAUCUCCUGUACAUUGGCACUGAUACUGGAAAUGAAAUAGUUUAUACUUUCCUUAAGUCUAAGCGAGCUGAUCAUUAUUUCAAUUAGAAUGACUCUAAGAAAUACAUCUGUACUCUCGGGAAGAAACCUUCUUGCGCACAGAAUUAUGUUGACGACGUUGAGGAAGUCAAGAUUUUACUAAAUAAAUUAAGACACUCUACUCAAAAGAGAAAGAAAACUAGAUCAUAUGCAGACUUGAAAUCAAUAGUGCCUCUUGACAAAGAACAAGCAGCCAGUAAAAUAACUAGAGUUGACAGAUCCAGCAACAAUUUAUUUUCACUCUUCCAUCACUAAAUGGAUGACGAUGAAAACAUUGAUGAAGAAUUUUCUGAUGAAGACAUGCAAAUUUCGCCGAGUAGAGAGUAGUUAGACAUGAAUAUAGAAGUAGACAUUUUAGAUACUUCCGAAAAAGAACUUAAAAAGAGAGUUUCUGUUAAUGAACAACAAUUUUCUAAGGAACUUAACCUAGGUGGGCUUAAAGCAGAUGGAAAAUUAAAUGAGAAUCUUAGAUAGAGGACUAAUUCCUCUUAAUGGGCAGAACUAUUGCCUAAAACCAAAACCCCUCGGAGACAAGUAAAAUGA